UUUCCCACUUUACCCCCGUUCUAUAAACACACAGCAAUGGCUGCCUCCUCGUCGGGAAGUAGCACAUUAAAGCGUACAUUAUGUACAUUUAUUAGAUAUAGAAGUGUCCGCUGUGUCAGGCAGUGCAACGCCUCGAUUAGAACGGUUUGUACGUCUGGAUCCACGUCCCAACUCCAACCCAAGAUACAGAGUAAGGGCGUCUCUUCUCAGCUGCGCGGAGUCGUGGGACUGGAGAUCCACGCGCAGAUUCACGCGACGUCCAAACUGUUCGCCUGUUCCCGCGUGGCCUUCUGCAGCCCGCCCAAUUCAUCAGUGGCAUUUCUAGAUGCUUCACUGCCAGGAACCCUACCGGUGCUGAACAGAAGAUGUGUUGAGGCUGCAGUGAUUACUGGUCUGGCCUUGAACUGCACCAUCAACAGGAAGUCCCUUUUCGACAGGAAGCACUACUUUUACGCCGACAUGCCUGCAGGUUAUCAGAUCACCCAGCAGAGACUGCCCAUUGCAGUAAAUGGGUCACUCAUCUACAGCUAUUUUGGAGGGAGGAAGAGGAACCAGGUGUUGAGCAGGUGUGUGAGGAUCAAACAGAUCCAGCUAGAGCAGGACAGCGGGAAGAGUCUCCAUGACGACCAGCGCAGCCAGACGCUCAUAGACCUCAACAGAGCAGGAGUGGGUCUGAUGGAGUUGGUGAUGGAGGCUGAUAUGAGUUGUGGUGAUGAAGCUGCUGCUGCUGUUAGAGAGCUUCAGCUGAUCCUGCAGACGCUGGGCACCUGUCAGGGGAACAUGUCUGAGGGUCAGCUAAGAGUUGAUGCUAAUGUUUCUGUUCAUUGUCCUGGAGAGCCAUUGGGUGUGAGAACCGAAGUGAAGAACAUUAACAGUGCUCGAUAUGUAGCAAGAGCCAUAGACUAUGAGAUCCAGAGGCAGAAAAAGGUUCUAGAAAAUGGUGGAAUCAUUGUAAAUGAGACAAGAGCUUUUGACAGCAAGUCUGGAACCACAAUUCCAAUGAGAGAUAAAGAGGGACUGCAGGACUACAGGUUUAUGCCAGAGCCAAACCUUCCCCCUCUGUUUGUUUAUGAGGAUGAGGCCUCAGUGCCUGCUGGUGUCAAUCCCACCCAGGUGGUGAUGAUUGACAGGCUAAAGGCUGAGCUGCCAGAGCUGCCAGGAGUGAGACGGGCAAGAAUGGUGGAUCAAUACAAGAUACUGCCUGAACACAGCUUUACACUAGUGAAUGAGGAUGGCCUGACGGAAUAUUUUGAGCGUGUGGUCAGGAACACAAAAGCAGAGCCAAGGAAAGUGAUUGGCUGGGUGAUGAAGGAGCUUCUGGGUAAUCUGAACCAGCAGAGUCUGAAGCUUGCUCAGAGCCCUGUUUCUCCUGAAGCCCUGGCGGAUCUGCUAAACGUUCUGGAAUCUGGGCACAUCUCCUCCUCCGCUGCCAAAGUGGUCUUCCAAGAAAUGUGGAAAGCUCCAGAAAAGGCUGUGGAGCAGCUGGUGAAGGAGCUGGACCUGGGGCUUGUCAGCGACAGAGAAAAGCUCCUAAAAAUCUGCCAAAAGGUGGUGGACACUCAUCCUGAACAGGUUCAUGUUAUCAGAGCGGGGAAUAAAAAGGUUCUGAAUAAGCUGAUGGGUGCUGUACAGACGGAGACCAAAGGCAGAGCAGAUCCGGUCCAAGUGAGGGCCAUCCUGGAGGAAAUGACAUCAUGAUACCUGCCCAGGGUCCCUCAACACAGCCAACAUGAAUGAAACACAUUUUGAAUACAUAAUUAACAGUCAGUUCUUCAGAAACUAGCAUUCAGGUUUGUUUGGCUUUAAAAGGUACAAGGGACUGUUUACUAGAGCAGAAUUUGUCACAAAGCUGGACAAAAUUUAUUAUUUUAAAUUUGCUUUUGGUACCACAGAGAUUACAAAAUCACUUUUACAAAAAAUAGGGCACAAAAUGUUUAAAAAUGGCACAAAUAACAAAAUACAACGAAUUAACUUAAACUAAAUAAAUAAAAAUAAGGUCACAAUCAGACUUUUCUAGUAGUAAUUGGUCAAAACUGACCAGUGCUCCAUUCAAGAGAAACGUGCUGAGUCAGAAUUGUUCACAUUGAGGACAGGAACCAGAUGUCCAACUUUCGCACAGAAAGUUAUUACAUAAAAUCAUGAAUACACUGCAUGACAGGGGAGACACUCUUUUAGUUUUAAGAAGGUUCUGGUAUAAUACCCAUUUUUAAAAGCCAUUCAUGGUGGACGUUCAACACAUUUUGAGGCAAAGAAAACCCCAAAAAAAACACAUUAUUUAAAAUUUACAUUAUUUUACCAUCACCAUUACAUAUAAUGAACCCAGAAGACACAUGUAGGUUCAUUGAUGGUUUUGGAAGGAAAAUAAACAACAAACCCUUCUGAAUAACUUACUCAACCACUGGGUUACACAGAAAAAAACUGAACAAAAAACAAACAAACAAAAAAAGCAGAAUUCCCCUUUAUUUCUUCUUUUACUAGAUGGACCAUACUUUGGGCUUAAAUUAUCUGGCUAACUAAAAUAAUCCUGCUUUAUUAAAUAUCCCUCAGGUCCCAAGCUAAAGCUAUACAACUGUUCUUUUUAGUGGUUUUUUGCUCUAAAACUACAUUCAAGUUAUGAAGAACUUGUGCUAUUUGAAAACUGAAUUGACUGGAAUAUGUUAAUAUAUUAAAAAAUAUAAAUGAAAUGUAAUGUAUUUUUGUUUUUGAAUGGGACAGCAGGGAAGACAACUCUGUACAGCUGCUUAUUUAAGUAGAGUGCUUUUUAUGAGCCUGAAACUUUCUUAAAAAGCCAAAAAAAUAAACGAUUCAAAUAAGGCUCAAUACAACUCACAACUUUUUUUUUUUUUUUUUUUUUUUAAACACAUGUAUUAAUGUGGUUUGGACUUGCUAUAUGUUUUGUUGCGCAUUGCAAAUGUGCAACUGUUAGCUUUAUUCCACCAAACUUGUCAUUUAAUUUAAUCUGUUUUGUUAUCACCAUUUUGUAAUCACUUGUAAAGAUGUCACUUCAUUGUUGGUGCAGAAAUGAUUGCACUGAUCUUUAAAUGCAGAAAAACUGAAGCGUUUUCAUGCACUACCGUGUCUUCUGUUUGGGUGUUGCUUAGCAACCCCCAUCAUCAGGCUUGUCUCCCAGCUCAUGUGGAAGAGCAAUUAACAUCGGCCUUUAAGCCCUGAAGCCAUCAGAAGAUAAUUAACUCCUGACCAUUUAGCUCACCUGCAAUGAGGCCAAUUACAGAAUUAGAUUAGGUGAGCUAACAUUAGCCACAGCAUGCGGACCCACUGUUUAGCAAAAAGUCACAUUCCUGUCAAAUUGAAAUCUAAUUUAUAAAAAUCUAGAAAAUGUGCUAAAGUACAAACAAAAUUCAUGCCUUAAGUUGAUCUCAACACUAUGAUAGCAUACAUUUAGCUAUGCUUUUAGCUAUGCUAGCAGACUUUUGUCCAUGUUAAUAGACAACAGUGUGUAAUACAUGUACAGGGUGGGCCAUUUAUAUGGAUACACCCAAAUAAAAUGGGAAUGGUUGGUGAUAUUAA